UUCUGGAGGAGGAGAGAUUUUUAGAGACUCUUUAAAUCAAAGAUUCCUAAUAUUUUUGUGUCAUGGACUCCUCUGAAAUCUGGCCCAGCACUCUACCACCUAGCUGCCUGACGAUCAAAUAUAAUUUCAUAAAUUUAUAGCCGGAAGAGACACGAGAGUCAUUGAGUCCAACAUCUGCACUUCAUAGAAGAGGGAGCUGAUGUCAAAGGAAGAGCCACCUAAUUCCCACCUAGAGGUGCUGGCAUGAGAAGGAGCAUGUUAAAAAUGGGCAUAUGUUACCUGGGAGAGGAUGCAGUACUGGUCUCGAAGGCUGGAACAAGAGAUUGAUGGAGUGAUGAGGAUCUUUGGUGGGGUCAAGCAGCUCAGAGAGAUCUACAAGGACAACAGAAACUUGUUUGAGAUCGAGGAGAAUGUCCCCCAGAAACUUGUGGAGAAGGUGGCAGGAGAUAUUGAGAGCCUACUGGCCAAGAAGGUCCGGGCUCUGAAGAGAUUGGCCGAUGCUGCAGAGAGAUUCCAGAAGGCCCAUCGUUGGCAAGACAACAUCAAGGAAGAAGAUAUCCAGUACUACGACUCCAAAGCAGAUGCUGAGCUGGAGGACCCCGAGGGUGAGGAGUUUGAGAGGGAGAAGCCCAGUACCCUGCAGCUGGACUUCAUUGAGGACCCAAACUUUAAAAACAAGGUCAACUACUCAUACACGGCUGUCCAGAUCCCUACGGACAUCUACAAAGGCUCCACAGUGAUUCUGAAUGAACUCAACUGGACAGAAUCCCUGGAAGAUGUAUUUGUGGAGAACCGUAAGGAGGACCCAUCGCUACUAUGGCAGGUUUUUGGCAGUGCCACAGGGGUCACCCGCUAUUACCCAGCUACCCCUUGGAGAGCACCAAAAAAGAUUGACCUGUAUGAUGUUCGCCGGAGACCCUGGUACAUCCAAGGAGCUUCCUCUCCUAAGGACAUGGUCAUCAUCGUGGAUGUAAGUGGCAGUGUGAGCGGCCUGACACUGAGGCUGAUGAAGACAUCGGUCUGCGAGAUGCUGGACACCCUAUCUGAUGAUGACUACGUCAAUGUGGCCUCGUUCAAUGAGAAGGCCCAGCCUGUGUCCUGCUUCAACCACCUGGUUCAGGCCAACGUGCGGAACAAGAAGGUUUUCAAGGAAGCUGUGCAGAACAUGGUGGCAAAAGGAACCACAGGUUACAAGGCUGGCUUUGAAUAUGCCUUUGACCAGCUCCAGAAUUCCAACAUCACCCGAGCUAACUGCAAUAAAAUGAUCAUGAUGUUCACCGACGGAGGAGAGGAUCGAGUGCAGGAUGUGUUUGAGAAGUACAACUGGCCCAACAGGACGGUUCGGGUAUUCACCUUUUCUGUCGGACAACACAACUACGAUGUCACUCCCCUGCAGUGGAUGGCCUGUGCCAAUAAAGGUUACUAUUUUGAGAUCCCCUCCAUCGGGGCUAUCCGAAUCAACACACAGGAGUACCUGGAUGUUCUGGGCAGGCCUAUGGUCCUCGCAGGCAAUGAGGCCAAGCAGGUGCAGUGGACCAAUGUGUAUGAAGAUGCUCUGGGCCUGGGGCUAGUCGUGACUGGAACCCUCCCUGUGUUCAACCUGACCCAGGAUGGCAGUGGGGAGAGGAAGAACCAGCUCAUCCUGGGUGUGAUGGGCAUCGAUGUGGCUCUGAAUGAUAUCAAGAAGCUGACGCCAAAUUACACGCUUGGUGCAAAUGGUUAUGUAUUCUCCAUCGACCUCAAUGGCUAUGUCCUCCUCCACCCUAACCUGAAGCCCCAGAUCACCAAUUUCCGGGAGCCAGUGACCUUAGAUUUCCUAGAUGCUGAACUAGAAGAUGAAAACAAGGAGGAGAUCCGAAAGAGCAUGAUUGAUGGGAAAAGAGGGCAUAAACAAAUCAAGACUCUCAUCAAAUCCCUGGAUGAGAGGUACAUUGAUGAAGUAAUUCGAAACUACACCUGGGUCCCGAUCAAAAGUACCAACUACAGCCUUGGGCUGGUCUUGCCUCCUUAUAGCACAUUCUAUCUACAAGCCAACCUCAGUGACCAGAUCCUGCAGGUCAAGUAUUUUGAGUUCCUGCUCCCAAACAGCUUUGAAUCUGAAGGACAUGUUUUCAUUGCUCCCAGAGAGUACUGCAAGGACCUGAACGCCUCGGACAACAACACAGAAUUUCUCAAGAAUUUUAUUGAGCUCAUGGAGAAGGUGACUCCAGACUCCAAGCAGUGUAACAACUUCCUUCUACACAACCUGAUUCUGGACACUGGCAUCACACAGCAACUGGUGGAGAAGGUGUGGAAGGACCAGGACCUCAACACGUACAGCCUCCUUGCUGUGUUUGCUGCUACCGAUGGGGGCAUCACCCGGGUUUUCCCCAACAAGGCAGCCGAGGACUGGGAUGAGAACCCCGAGCCCUUCAAUGCCAGCUUCUACCGGCGCAGCCUGGACAACCAGGGCUACAUCUUCAAACCUCCAUACCAUGAUUCUCUCCUUAGACCAUUAGAGCUGGAGAACAACACCAUGGGCAUCCUGGUGAGCACAGCUGUGGAACUCACACUUGGGGGAAGGACACUAAAACCUGCAGUGGUGGGAGUGAAGUUGGACCUGGAAGCCUGGGCUGAGAAGUUCAAGGUGUUAGCCAGUAACCGAACAGACCGGGACCAGCCACAGAAGUGUGGCCCCAAUAGCCACUGUGAGAUGGACUGUGAUGUGAACAAUGAGGAUUUACUCUGUGUUCUCAUUGAUGACGGUGGGUUCUUGGUACUCUCCAACCAGUACAAUCAGUGGGACCAGGUGGGCAAGUUCUUCAGCGAAGUGGAUGCCAACCUGAUGUUAGCACUUUACAAUAACUCCUUCUACACUCACAAAGAGUCCUUUGACUACCAGGCUGUAUGCACCCCCCGGGCCCAGAGCAACACAGGCGCUGCCCCCAGAGGUGUCUUCAUACCUACCAUCGCUGACUUCCUCAACCUGGCCUGGUGGACUUCAGCAGCAGCCUGGUCAUUGCUCCAGCAGCUUCUCUAUGGACUCACCUAUCAUAGCUGGUUCCAAGCAGAAGAUGCAGCAGCUGAGAGCUCGGAGACCAGGGAGACCAGCUGCAUCAUGAAACAGACCCAGUAUUACUUCAGCACCACCAAUGCCUCCUACAACAGCAUCAUAGACUGCGGGAACUGCUCCAGGUUGUUCCACGCCCAGAGACUGGCCAACACCAACCUGCUCUUUGUCGUGGCGGAGAAGCCCCUGUGCAGCCAGUGUGAAUCAGGCAAACUGCUACAAGCAGAGAGGCGCUGCCCAGCUGAUGGGCCGGAGCAGUGUGAGCUGGUACAGAAGCCACGAUAUAGGAAAGGACCUCACAUCUGCUUUGACUACAAUGCAACGGAAGAUACCUCAGACUGUGGUGGAGGAGCCUCCUUCAGAGCAUCCCUGGGCAUCCUGGUGUCCCUGCAGCUGCUGCUCCUUCUGGGCCUGUCGCCUCUGCCCCUGCCCCUGCCCUGGCUUCAUCACCUCUGAACCCCACCCCCUGGAGCCCCAGCCCUUUCACCUUAGCAACCCUGCCCUUCAUGUUGCACCCACCACCCACAGCCUGUGGGAGAGGGGAUACUGUGGGUCCUGGGAUGUGUCUUCCCCUAGGUCUCUGAGACCCCAAUGCCAUGUCUUACUGUUUUGCUGUAAAACAUCACCCCAGCCCAACACCUGCCACCCCACUACCACUCUCACUGCAGGCACUGUGUAUGCUGCUGCCAAAGGCACGUACUGUCUCGGGCCUAGGCCGGGCUGGGCUGGGCUAGGCUGGCCUGGCCUGAGCUGGACUGGGCUAGGGGAAGCAUCAACCUUCACAGUUACCACUCUCACUCCCCAUCCUCUGCAGUUCACUCAGACUCACUGAUUCUAACGAAGGUUGGGACCAAGGUUCCUAUGGCCUCAGUUUUCCAGCCUUCUCUUACCUCUGAGGAUCUAGAUACCCCAGAGAAUGACUAGGGAACAGAGACUACGAGAUUCAACUCAGGGGGGUAAGGGAUUGAGGAAGAUAUUUGACACAGGCCAGAGUCACCGUGUGAGCUCAGCCCUCAAUCUCUCCAUAUACACACACGUCUUGUCCUCAUUCCUGGACCUCAUUGCAUAGGCCACCCAAGAGACAGGAAGGGGCCCUGCCAGAGAUACAGCCAAGACCAAGUUCAGAUCCAGGCAUGCACCUACCAACCAGGGUGGAUGACGGGGUCCACCCCAGGGACCUGCCAGCUCCCAGCCCCUAAGUCCCUGCCAGGCAGCUUCUCUGAUUGGAGCACUGGGUUCCAAAGAUAGCCCUGACCACUGAACCUAGAGCCUGGCAAGAGUGAGAGUGCACACACACACACACACACACACACACACACACACAGUCAGAGUUGGAAGAGACCUCAGACCUCAGAGGUCAUCUAGUCUAACUGGUAUCUGACAGAGACGUGUUCACACAGACACACAAACACAGAUAGAAAGAGAAAUAUGUAUACACACAUGCAUACAAAGAAACGUUACAGAAUCACAGCGUUGUAGAGUUCAAAGGGAUGCACAGACACAAACACAUAUAUCAGUAGGCUGAUAAUCAUAGAGCCUUAUGUCAUGGGGGGUGGGGAGGGCAGGGGCUGCAACCUGGAGGCUUUGUUGCCUGCUCUGUCCCAGGUCAGCACCCCAAUCUCCCCCCAGGAAAUGCACUCAUACCCACCUACUUCAGUUUCUUCCUUGCCCUGCAGCACCCAGUUCAGGUCCUGAGUCUGAAUCCUUGUCCUCACCCUCAGGCUCCAAAGCUGAAUGUCAAAGUGUGCCAAAUGCCAGGCCAGGCAGUGAGUCGCUCUAAGGCCAACCCCUUCAUCCCCUGCCCCCACCUAGCAGACACUUCAUCCUCAAUCAUUUUCCAGUGUCCCCUGCUCCAAGCAAGCAUACACACACACAUACACACACACACACACACACACACACACACACACACA